GGGCGAAGAGACUCUGACUGUAAACUACACCCCAGCUGUCAUGCGCUUCUCUAAAGUCCUGAGUGCAUUUCUUCCAGACAAUGUGUUCCAUCGAGGUGAAGGGCAAGUAAUUAGGGACGGAAAUACUGUUUUGGACAGUAACGACGAAGAUGACGCUCUCAUUAGCGACAUAUUUAUUAUUUUUACAUCUCUGUAAUUUGGCUAUGGGGAACGUUGAUCCUUCUCCGAGGAUGAUAUUCACAGAAAAAGAAAAAGCAAUGACACGGUUCAGUCUUCCCCAUGACCCACCUGUACAGAUUCUCUUAGAAGAUCAAUCAGACACUGUUUUAGCUGCUGGACAAUCAUACCUGAAUACCUACAACUUUCAAAACCAUAAGACGAGCCACAAGUUUAUGCGGUGGGAGAGAUGCAACAGCAUAAGCAGUGAACAUGAUUGCAGCUAUAACAUCACUUUGGUCCACCGGAAGAAAGACGCUAACCAGUUGUUUGUGUGUGGAACAGAUGGCAAUGAAAGGGUUUGCUGUAACACGGAUUUAACAAUGGAGGCCCCCAUGUGCCUUUCCUCUGAAAAUAUCGCAAACUUAAUAGAAGGUAUAGAAAGAUUUAACAUAAAGGAGGGUGAACCAUCAAUUUUUAUAGAUUCUGAACAGAGUGCAGCUCUCUACAUAACACACUCUGGAUAUGAUGAAUCUGUUGGCAUUCACAAGUUUGGUAAAGCAAGAGUGCGGCCAAAGAACCACCAUAAAGAGCAGCAUUAUGUAGGAUUAGUGCUCAGCAGACACAAAGAGGAUCCCUCCCAGAGCAGAGUUUAUGGCUUCUAUAGGGAGAAAAACAAAGAAACUGGACUGUUCAGUGAAAUGUGGAUCCCCUUUGUGACCCAGGUUUGCAUGACAGAUGUUGGUGGUCCUAAGAACAACUUGCAGUUUACCUGGACAUCCCAGAUGAAUGCCAGGCUCUUCUGUGGAGACCCUGAGAGAAAACAGCAUUUCUCUGAGCUGGUGGAUGUUUCCACUGUGGAUGCAGACCGAUGGCAGGAUACUAAGAUCUAUGCACUCUUUAGAAAUGAAUGGGGAAUGAGUGCUGUCUGCAUCUACACAAUAGGAGACAUUGAGAAAAUCUUCACAAACUCCCCAUUCAAAGGCUACACAAAAGACCAAAUGGACAGGCCAAGGAUGUGCGUUGAUGAUAGCACCAAGCUUCCAGUGGAAACCCUGAAGAAGACUGAAAAGACUUCAGAGAUGGAGCAGUUGGUUCAUCCUGUGGGCAACUCUGGCCUUCUUCUCUUCAAUCACCAGACCUAUACUCACAUCCAUGUUGACGGCUCACCAAACAAGGGAAGCAGUCACCACACAGUUAUCUUCUUAUCUUUAAACAAUGGAGGAAUUCAUAAAGUAUUGCACAAUAAAAAUGAUACCUUUCUCAUUGCUGAGUUUCGACCAUUCAACUACACAGAACAGAUCAGUUUCAUCCUUCACCCAUCUUCUAAAAAGCUGUAUGUGAACAGUGGAAGUCAACUGGUCCAACUUGAUGUAGCAAACUGUUCACAGUAUGGAGACACCUGCCAGGACUGUAUGUUAUCCAGAGAUCCUUACUGUGGCUGGGAUGGCACAAAGUGCAUACAUGAGACAAAUGGGAUAUGGCAUGAUGCAGCCACUGGGAACCUAGCCAUCUGUCAAGAACACGCUGCAAAAGAAUUUCCAAAUCCAAAAAAAGAUGUUGUCAGAUUUCACACAAAGCAUUUUCUGCAAUGCCCAGUAUCAUCCCGUCACGCUCAGUACAGUUGGCAGCACCUUCAAAACUCCUCAUCUUGCAUCGGGAAGCCAGAUCAUUGCCUUUAUUUGAUCAACAGCAUGGGACCUGAGCAGGAAGGAACUCACACCUGUGUAUCAGAGGAAAUGGGUUACAGGAAAAUCCUGGCGCAGUACCAACUACAGCUGGGGAACAAGGUGGUUGGUUUACAGUCAAAGCCAAUGAUCUGGGUUUGUCUCAUGGUGGUUCUGAUUCAGAUAUUGUGAUGUUAGUUCCUCAGAGUUGUGAUACUGUAAAAAUUUUUACACAUACAAUUCAUUAUUCUUUAAUUUAUUUUUUUACUGAAAUAAAACUCUAUUACUUCUAAUACUUUGAGCUGCGGCUCAGGAUGUAGAGAAGCCAUUAUUGCAGAGUUUUGAUAUCUGGUUUCGCAAAUGUCCUUGGAUGAGAUAAAUUGCCACCAAUGCAUUCAUUAGUGUGUGUGAGAGAGAGAGAUUAAAAAACAAACUACAGUUAUUCACAGCCACGCUCAAAAGCUUUUUUUUGAGGGGCAAAUUCAUUCAUUUUCUUCUUCUUAUGGAAAAAAUAUAUUGAAUAUCAGUUGGAAUCAGGCUUGUUGACAGUCUGUGUAUUAAAAGCUGAAGUUCAGUGGUAUAAAAUGCUGUCUGUUGUAAUUUUUAGAAAUUAAUUGCAGUGUUUGCAUGCAGUACAUGCACACAUGCAUUCAUAGAGGGAGAAGAGAAAAUAAUAUUGAUUAAUUCUUUUUUUUUUAUUCUUUCCUGUAACUCUCUUGCAUCUGUUUCCUGUAAUUUGAAAUUCUGUCAGAAUGUACACAGUGCACGUUAUAAAUUUCCAGCCAACGCUCUUAGAUCAUGUAGAUUUCCAAAGACUGACCCAGUUUCUGUUUGUUCAGAGUUCGGUUAAUAAAUGGAAGAAACAUUCAGA